CAAGUCUAAAAGACCUUAUAACAUGUAACCUAGGUUCACUUAUAAGUUUCUUAGAUCUUGUUCCUCUUCAAUUUUUACAAUCUCGUACAAUUUUUCAAAUCAAUUAAGUUAGUGUGUUCUAAAGAAACCUUAGAAAUUUGAGUACAACGCUAUGCCUUUGGGGGAGGACUACGACUACGAGGAUGCUAGGAACCUUAGGAAGCCUUUCGUCACCAACAACGUUGGAAAUGGCAAUUUAUUUGUUGUGCUAUGCGUCCUCGUCGUGGCUUUGGGUCCUAUCCAAUUCGGUUUCACGUGUGGCUAUUCUUCUCCAACACAAGCUGAUAUGAUUCGAGAUCUUAAUCUCUCGAUUUCAAGGUUUUCACUUUUUGGAUCUUUAUCCAACGUUGGUGCAAUGGUGGGAGCUACGGUCAGUGGCCAAAUAGCGGAAUACUUUGGACGUAAAGGGUCACUAAUAGUUGCAGCAGUCCCAAAUAUAUUUGGAUGGCUAGCCAUUUCUGUAGCGAAAGACUCAUCGCUAUUGUUUAUGGGAAGAUUGAUGGAAGGUUUUGGCGUGGGAAUAAUCUCUUAUGUGGUACCUGUUUAUAUAGCAGAGGUAUCACCUCGAACCAUGAGAGGUAGUCUUGGAGCCGUGAAUCAGCUCUCAGUUACUAUUGGGAUCAUGUUCGCUUAUCUAUUGGGCCUUUUUGUCAACUGGAGAGUGCUAGCAGUUCUAGGAAUUAUUCCCUGCUCAAUACUAAUACCCGGGCUAUAUUUCAUUCCAGAAUCUCCUAGAUGGUUGGCCGAAAUGGGGAUGAUAGAAAAGUUUGAAGCUUCUUUACAAACUUUACGUGGACCCAAAGUUGAUAUUACUAUGGAAGCACAAGAAAUUCAGGGAUCUUUGGUGUCGAAUAACAAGACAGAUACUAUACAGUUUGGAGAUCUCAAGAGGAGAAGAUAUUGGUUUCCUUUAAUGGUAGGUAUUGGACUACUUAUGCUCCAGCAACUUACUGGCAUCAAUGGUGUUUUAUUCUAUUCUAGUAAGAUAUUUUCAAGUGCAGGAAUUUCAUCCAGCGACAGUGCUACAUUUGGACUUGGAGCUAUGCAGGUUGCAAUGACAGGGAUUGCUACUUCGUUAGUUGACAGAAGUGGAAGAAGGAUGCUUCUUAUACUAUCCUCCUCUAUAAUGACGCUUAGCCUCCUCCUUGUAGCUACUGCAUUCUAUUUGGAGGGAGUGGUAUCAGAUGAUUCUAGCCUUCAUCAAAUGUUGGCAAUGCUCUCUGUUAUGGGGCUUGUGGCUUUGGUCAUUGGAUUUUCUCUGGGCAUUGGACCAAUUCCCUGGAUUAUAAUGUCUGAGAUACUUCCACCAAAUAUUAAAGGGCUUGCUGGAAGUGCAGCUACCUUUUUGAAUUGGUUCACUGCAUCAGUAAUUACCAUGACUUCAAAUUUGCUUUUAAAUUGGAGCAGUGCAGGAACAUUCACAAUUUACGCCAUUUUUUCCGCCAUCACUGUUGGAUUUGCGACACUUUGGGUUCCCGAGACCAAGGACAGAACAUUGGAAGAAAUUCAAGCAUCGUUUAUAAGAUGAAUUUAAUUAUAUAGUUAGAUGGAUGAUUUUUAUGCUAGCUCACUGUAUUUAAGCUAGCACAUGGAGUAGGUUAAUUUCAAUAUACAUAUAUAUAAAUAUCAUUUUCGUUUCUUUGUUAAUAGUAUAUUUUAAAUCUUUCCGGCCAAGAUUGAGUUAGAUAAAUGUGUACGAGAAUUUGAGAAAACAAAUCAUGUUUUGUGCAAAGAAACUCUUAU